AUGCCAUACGUUCCACAGUGGUCGCAAAGCGGCUUAAGCGGUCGCCAUCUGAGUUCUCCUCUUGGUUCGACGAACCUAACAGGCAAAGCUGUAAUUGGAAUCGCUAUCGUUGGAGCGGUCGUUCUGUUUGUUGUCGCAUGUUUACUGCUAGUUCGUCAUGCUCGGAAUAAAGAUCGCCUCGAAAGAGCGCGAAUAUUAGAGGAGGUUCAGGAAGCGGAAGAACAGAUGGAUAGUAAGGGCGCAGUUCUAUCUAUCAGUGCACCUGACAUCAGCCAUGGUCGAAGACGAUCCGUUGGUAUGUACGAACCUCGUGGAGGCAGGAUGGUCUACAGCGAGUGGGAGGGAAUCGAUCCUUUUCAAGGUCCUCAGCUAGCACCAAGAACGACAGAAGAAGCUCAAUGUAAACCUACACGGACAUCGCGAAUAAGAGAUUCAUGGCCAUUAACCAAUAUUCCUCUAUCGGUUCUCCCAGGGCAAGCGACAAUGACCUUGAAUCAGGUGGCACCUCCGGGUUAUUUGGUCGAGGAAAAAUCCAGAUGGCCGAGAAGAGCCGGUUCGGCGCGCAAUUCUAGGACUACAGUCGUUGUACCAUCGUCUGGCUCUUUCUCGCAGCCAUUAUCAGAGGAUCCAACCACACCCACCCCACGAUCUCGGAGACCACACCUUCGCCGUCGGUCGAGUACAGGAACGCAGAUGUCAAGAAUAUUAAGGUCGACCUCACAGCGAUUGAAACCAGCUCAAAGACAUUCACUCACUAGAUCUUUGUCAACGUUUGCUCGACUUCCUGGGUCGCCACCGAAACAGAGACUUCCGACCCCUCCUAAUGGCAAGAAGCCUAAUGAGAGCUCAGAAGGUCUGGUAGGAGCAACCUUAUUUGAGUCUCCUAGUAGUUCGUUACUGGAUGCAUUUAUGCGGUCACCGUCCCCGGACAAGACGGGGGCUGAUCGUUUGGGGAAGUUUGAUCGGGAUGGAACAAGGUCAUCGGGUUCUUCAGUGAUAUCGGAUGAUAGCCUCUGUGAGAUGCAGCCCUCAGAAAUGGUAGUGCCUGGAAUUCUCACUUCACCAAACAAGCAGAAUAUUCCGCCUACUCCACGCUAUCGUAUGACGAUGCCAGCGAACUCACGUCUGCCGUCUCAAGGUACUGUUCAUGUUAACACAAACCAAACAGCUACGGACCGCUCCCCAAAAGAACCAGAAAUCGAGAAGAACCAAGAACAGCGCAUCUCUUCCUCCGGCGACCCUUUCUACUCAUGUGUCAGGUCUGGCAAGCCGGGGUUUCCCAAAACAUCUCAGACGGGUCUUCGACCGCUUUACAUUCGAAAGGCCACUUUUGGGCAAGAAACUACCACAGAACGACCCGCCAGCUAUACAUCUCCACUGCAAGAUAUUUCUGGUAAUGUUCAGUUACCUCAGCGAAAGUCACUUUCGCAGCUCUCCACAUCGACCACCGAAUCCAAUCCAUUUCAAUGGUCGCCUCAAGAGGCCAUGCAAGAAAGGCCCAGACAACGGAGUCCUCCAAAGAAUGGUUCCAAAGCAAAGGGGCACAAAAGAUCGAACGUCGUCCGAAUGUCAAAUCUGAUUAGACCUCCAAGUGCAAUUAAUGUCCAGCCAGGACUUGAGGAGUCCGAGGAUGAAACUUCCGAAUCUCAAUUCGACAUACCACCAACCGCCCCAUUACAUUUGGUUGAAUGGAGUAAAAGCCCAAGUCUGGCGUCACCAGCCUUUUCUCGCCAGUCGUCUGUCCGACCCCCUUCAGUGGCAACAUUCAAUCCAACACUUGUCAUACCAGAGUUGAAGCCCCAUUCUGCCGAUGAAGCUGAGGAUGAAAAUCAAUACCCACAAUCUCCCACGCUUUCGGAUGGGAACUAUUAUACAGAAAAUGGAGGAAAUUCUGAGGAAGAGUUCUUCCAAUCUAAGCGUCCCGCCAUACCUCCCAAGAAUCAGCGACGUAACACUGUUGCGGUUUCCGCUAAACGUUCCUCCCCCAAUCAGAACAAGAAACCUCACGAUAGAAGCCAGUCAGCAAAUUUGACUGUGUCAUUCUCCGAGCCAGAGAAGUUGAUAUCAUUCCUACCUCCUGUGCUAUCACUUGGUACUGUUAAACCUCGCUAUUCAUCAACCAUUGUAAUUUCUGGUACAAAACUUGAAUCGUUACCUACGUUUCUCGCACCGCCUUUGCUUACCAUGCCUAUUCCUGGACAUCUGACUGGUCCUCGUGAUCUGCCGUCCAGAACAUCAUCUUCACCCCCACCACGUGAGCCACUUCAUACUUCGAUAUGUAUGCUUCGACGGAUGAAUUCUGAGAUUUCUCGAUACAGCUAUAGCGGUUGUAGCGACCUUGGGACCCGGAGUCCUACACAUAGCCCAGAGCCACAAUCCAGCCGACCUCUCCCUUCGAUUCUCAAACGAUCCACAAGCAGAAGAGGGAGUGGAGAUGAAGAACGCCUUGGAAGAUCUCGGGGUUCACGAAAUUAUCUUUCAAUGGGUGUAUCCAGCAAUGAUAUCCGGAAAUCUCGAAAUUCGUUCAGUGGAUCAGUUCGUAAUAGUCGUGUUCUGGGGACCAAAGACCGACGAGAUUCGAGUUAUAUAUACAAAGAACGGCGACGUCGACGUUUGGAAGAAGAGUUCACCGAAGCUGAUCUCGAGACUGUACGAGAAGCAACAACUCACAAAUACGAUGGGCCAGAUGAUAUUGAUUUUAGCUACCCCAAACUACCCAGCACACGAUCAACCCUCCAAUCUCCGAGCACAAGUCCAGAUGCACGAGAAGUCUCCGCUCGCAGCCAUGAGCGAUGGUCUGAAGUAAUGGUCAAACCAGUCACGAGUGCCGUGAGGAGAGAAAGUCAGAUGGAAUCUCCCAGUCCGAAAUCCCCUAAAGUGUUUGAUUGGGGGAGUAAUGAAAUGGGUAUUCUGAAGAAGAACAAUAGGCGAACUACGUUUACGGGGAAUGGAAAAGUGAGAUUUUCGAGGGAGCCGCCGACGUAUUGUCCUGAUAGUCCAGAGAUGUAUGAUGAUGAUGGGUUUUUAAGGAGUUCGCCGUUCAAGCCUCCGGAGGUGGAUGAUUGA